AUAAGGUUUUUUUUUUCCUCCCGAGAUGAAGUUUGCAGUUGUAGUUAUGAUGUGUGGGCUGAUUGUUGGUCAAGAUGAAGGGUGUCUUGGAGCAUCUCUGGCAGGAUUUCGACCUGAGAACGAAUCACAGGAAACGGGUUCCGUCCGUUCCAGAAGAAGCACGGUGGGGGACUUUUUGGAGGAUCCCAACCUGUGUUUCUCCCUGCGAGAAAACGACACCCAGCAGCAGCUCCUGUGCAACGACCGCAGGAAUAAAUUCAACGUCAACCCGUUCGGCCUUCGCUUCGGCAAGCGCUACAACCAUGCUUCCAUCUUCAGGAAAGCUGUUAAAAGAGCCAGAACAAGCAGAUUUUCACCUCCUACGCUCUUUCCCCGACAACUGGAAGUGCUGACCUGAAGCUGAUUUUGUCACGCGUUUCCCAUGUAAAACUUUAAAUAAUUUAUCAUGUGAAAAAAUAAAAAAAUAUACAUAUUAGUAGUUAUUGAACAA